AUGGGACUUCUAAUGGGAGAGUUCUUGAGGUUCCGUUGGGUUCAGAGUGGUUUCUGUAUUCUGCUCCUGACAAUCGGCGAACCUCUACUUGUUCUCACGGACAAGGUGCUGUUGGUGAUCCCCCAGCAAACCAGGCGAAGCCUUGGACCAUCAUUGCGGUCUUCUCCACCGCGUUACAGAAAAUCUUCUCACGAUACCGAGUCCCACUAUCACAAGUACUAUAGUCCUCCCUUUCAUUAUCAUAAGAGACCUGUGCACGGCAGUGUGCCGCUUCCUCACGGAGGGGAUGAUUUCGAUCAAGGUCACGAGCAAGUGAACCACGUGCAUCUACCUUACGGAAAAGGCAUCAGUCAUGCCAUUUCUUAUGGCAAGGGGUAUAUUCCUUACGAUAAAGUGAAGAACGCCAUCUCCUAUGGUCCCGAAAGGUAAGGACACUCAGGAUCGCAGGGGUACAAGCAUUCAGAGCCGGACUACGAGUCCACCUCCUAUUCUUCAAGCGGAGACUACCCCCCAUCAGGACAAUUGUACGAAACCCAUCAAUCGGAAGCCUACUUCUCGAACCCGGACAGUGACGUAAGUUACAACGAAAGAAGAAACGACGAGAAGAAAUUCUACACCUCCAGAUCCAUCGAGAAAGAGCUAACAGCCAACAGUGCCAUCGAUUUCAAUGGCGCUGCGAACAAGGACCAACUUCUUCUUCUGCAACAGAAAUCUGCAGACUUGUUCAACAACAUCACUCCACAACCAGAAGGUGGCGUUGUGCUACCAACCGGAGUACCAUCGGCAACCAUCGGUGGUAGCAAAGAAGGCAUCGUCCUAAGAGACACAGUGUCAAUGGACGAGUAUCAGCAGAAGUUACAAGAGAUGACGAAAUCUUGGCCCCAAUUUUUAUCCAACGCCGCUACAACGUUCAAUAGUAAUUUUCAUAAUCAACCAGUGACAGCGAGUUACACCAUAGCUGCUUCUUCCACACCCUUCAACGGUUGGUCCUUGAAUUUCGCUCAACCAAAAGGCUACGACGUGAAGGAGGACACCAUGGAACCACCCCAUGAUUUUCGUACCGCCCCUAUUCAAACGACUCCUUAUCAGACUUAUUCCAUUCCCGUGAACGUGGCUCAGCAUUCUGUGGUGCAAAUGGUUCAGGGUUAA